GUGAAAUGAAAGCAAAAACCCCAAUAACACUUCUCCAGAUCCACCAGAUCUAAACACAUAUAUCUGGCGAAGCAGCCUUACUUAGGGUUCGGUCGAUCACGCGGCUAGGUAUGUACCUAAGUAGCGCCAAGAGAUCUCCGCCAUUGACGUGAAGCUCGGACGGAUUGUUGACAGCUGGCGCAUUGCCUAGCUACAGCUAUGAGCGAGAUUCGAAUAAUCCUCCUUUACAAUAAUACCAACAACUCGACUGUCAUGCGAUAGCAAUGACGAACCUAACUCCAAUUGUUAGCCAACUCCUCACGGAGACCCAUUCCGCUCCUGCGAUUCGGGAACGUCGACCUUCGACCGAGACGGUGGAUGAGUUCCUCAAGGAGGCGUAUAGAAUAAAUUCCCAUAUCACCUCUCUCCUUCAUUACCUCCAAUCCAUACGUCACUCGUAUCUCUCCACAGCUCCUGCUCCACCAGCUUAUCACCGCCGCACACCAUCUAGCGGCUCGAUUUCUUCUCUCAAAGCACAGAGCCAGGUUCAUAAGCAUCUGAGUGACGAAGAGCGCGAUUCGAUUGACUCCUCGACUGCGCUACUUCUUCGUGACCUGUCGUCGUCCAUCGCGAAUCUCUCUUCUGCAGAGACUCUCCGGCAGGAAACUGAGGCCACGAUCCUUCAGAAGAAGUACGGGCAUAAGAAUAAGCUAUUAUGGCGCUGGGCGGGUGGAUCUGGUGCAUUGGGGGAUGAUGAUCAGCUCAGAUCCCCGGAGCAAGAGCACGAUGAAGAAUCAGCCCGUACGAUUCGGGCGGUGCGGGAGAGCAUGUUGUGGUUUUUGAGACGUGGGCUCGAGACGGCGGCAGAGGUGCAGCGGAGUAUGGUGGAGAAGAGGAUAGAGAGGGUAAGAGAGAAGGAGAAGAGUGUCCUCUACAAGAUGGGGAGUAUGCGGGGGGAUAUCCCGACACGGCCGCCGGAUGGAGCUGCUGCUGCUGCGUUCGACAGUGGGAAGAGUAAUUACGCGGCUGCGUCGCUGACACGGAGGGAGUACGGUGCAGCAAUGAGCGAGGCCGAAGUUGCGGAUAUCGAGUCGCAGCUCUCGCCGGAGCAGCUACAGCUCUUUGAGCAGGAGAAUAAUACCAUGCUCAAACAUUACGAGGAUACGUUGAGCAAAGUCCAAAACGCCGAAAAAUCUCUCCUCGAGAUCUCGUCCCUACAGCAGACGUUGGUCACUCAUCUAUCCACUCAAGAAGACUACAUCAACCAACUUGUUGCUGACGCUCAGACAACACACACGAACGUGGGUCAAGGCAACAAGGAACUCAAACGCGCAACAGAGCGCCGCAGUACAGCGCAGAUGGUCUUCUGGGGAACUGUUGGACUGUGUACUUAUUUGGUUGUUUGGGACCUUGUUUUUUAGGCAUCUCGGAAAUGUAUACAUCUAACACUGUAAUAAUUAUUGUCUCUUGAUAUGUAAAGCAUCUCAUACAUAUGUAACAGUAACGGGGGAUCUCA